AUGGUGAAAAGGAAAAGCUCAGAGGGCCAGGAGCAGGAAAGCGGCCGUGGCAUCCCUCUGCCCAUCCAGACCUUCCUAUGGAGGCAAACCAGUGCAUUUUUAAGACCUAAACUGGGGAAACAAUAUGAAGCUUCCUGUGUGUCUUUUGAAAGAGUUUUAGUAGAGAACAAGCUGCAUGGCCUUUCUCCAGCUCUCUCUGAAGCCAUCCAGAGCAUUUCUCGCUGGGAACUUGUCCAAGCUGCGCUCCCGCAUGUGCUGCACUGCACUGCAACAUUGCUCUCCAACCGAAACAAGCUAGGACAUCAGGAUAAGCUUGGAGUUGCUGAAACAAAGCUUCUUCACACUCUUCACUGGAUGCUGCUGGAGGCCCCUCAGGACUGCAGUAAUGACCGAUUUGGAGGAGACAGAGGCUCUAGCUGGGGAGGGAGCAGUAGCGCCUUUAUCCACCAGGCUGAAAACCAGGGAUCACCAGGACAUCACCGGCCCAGUACCACGAAUGAUGAGGAGGAGAAUAACAGAAGGAAGUUAUUCCAGAACUCCAUGGCUACAGUGGAGCUCUUUGUAUUCCUUUUUGCUCCCCUUGUCCACAGGAUUAAAGAGUCUGACCUGACAUUUCGGUUGGCUAGCGGCCUUGUUAUUUGGCAGCCUAUGUGGGAACACAGGCAACCUGAAGUUUCUGCUUUUAACGCCCUGGUAAAACCAAUCAGGAACAUCGUUACAGCCAAGAGAAGUUCUCCCACCAACAAUGAGAGCGUGACAUGUGAAUCCCCUAAUCUGGACAGUGGACAUACCGAGGGACUACAGGUGGUCUGUGAGACAACCCAGCCAGAUUCUGUACCUUCAAAGGCCAUUGUUUCAGCAUGUCACCGUGGAAAUUCCUUGGAUGGAAGCGUAUCCUCCCAGACCUCUCAGGAGAGAGGUACCACACAUCCCAGGGUGUCCUUGGUGAUCCCGCCAUGCCAGAAGUCUCGCUAUGCCACAUACUUUGAUGUGGCAGUGCUGCGCUGCCUUCUGCAGCCACAUUGGUCCGAGGAGGGCACACAGUGGUCACUAAUGUACUACCUGCAGAGGCUGAGGCAUAUGCUACAGGAAAAGCCGGAGAAACCACCUGAGCCAGAGAUCAUCCCUUUACCAAGACCUCGCAGCAGCUCCAUGGUGGCUGCUGCACCUUCUCUGGUGAAUACCCACAAAACUCAGGAUCUUACAAUGAAAUGUAAUGAGGAAGAAAAAUCACUAAGCACAGAGGCAUUUUCCAAGGUUUCACUGACCAACUUGCGUAGACCAGCAGUUCCAGAUCUCUCCACAGACCUGGGGAUGAACAUCUUCAAAAAGUUUAAGAGCCGCAAAGAGGACAGGGAGCGUGAGCGCAAAGGGUCAAUUCCUUUCCACCAUACUGGGAAGAAGCGACAACGAAGAAUGGGGGUGCCCUUCCUCCUCCAUGAGGAUCAUUUGGAUGUCUCACCCACUCGCAGCACUUUUUCAUUCGGCAGUUUCUCUGGGAUUGGAGAGGACAGGCGUGGCAUUGAGAGAGGAGGAUGGCAAACCACCAUAUUAGGAAAGUUUACCAGACGGGGGAGCUCUGACACAGCAACCGAGAUGGAGAGCCUCAGCGCUAGGCAUGCACACUCUCAUCACACGCUGGUCUCUGAUCUGCCAGACCACUCAAACAGCCAUGGAGAGAACACAGUCAAAGAAGUGCGGUCCCAGAUCUCCACCAUCACUGUGGCCACCUUCAACACUACCCUUGCCUCAUUCAAUGUGGGCUAUGCAGAUUUCUUCAGUGAGCACAUGAGGAAGCUUUGCAACCAGGUGCCUAUCCCUGAGAUGCCCCAUGAGCCACUCACAUGUGCCAACCUCCCACGAAGCCUGACAGACUCCUGCAUCAAUUACAGUUGCUUGGAGGAUACGGAUCACAUUGAUGGAACCAACAACUUUGUCCACAAGAACGGCAUGCUGGAUCUCUCGGUGGUCUUGAAGGCUGUUUACUUAGUCCUGAACCAUGACAUCAGUUCCCGGAUUUGUGAUGUGGCACUGAACAUUGUGGAGUGCUUACUUCAGCUUGGUGUGGUGCCCUGUGUAGAGAAGGUUCGGAGGAAGAGUGAGAACAAAGAAAAUGAGGCCCCUGAAAAGAGACCAAGUGAAGGAUCUUUCCAGCUCAAACCGGCUGCUUCUGGUGGUUCAGCUUGUGGAUUUGGGCCUCCCCUACUUAGUGGAGCUGGAGAUGGAGGAGAAGAAGGAGGUGGUGGAGGAGGUGGAAAUGAUGGAGGUGGUGGUGGAGGAGGAGGACCAUACGAGAAGAAUGACAGAAAACAAGAAAAGGAUGAAGGCCCAUCUGUCAGCACCCAUAGGCUAGCACUCACAAUGCUGAUCAAAAUUGUGAAGUCACUAGGUUGUGCCUAUGGUUGUGGAGAAGGACACCGAGGGCUCUCUGGAGAUCGCCUGAGACACCAGGUAUUCUGGGAGAAUGCUCAAAACUGCCUCACAAAGCUGUACAAGCUGGAUAAGAUGCAGUUCCGGCAGACUAUGAGGGAUUAUGUGAACAGGGAUUCUCUCAAUAAUGUGGUGGAUUUCCUGCAUGCUUUACUGGGAUUCUGCAUGGAGCCAGUCACUGAUAACAAGGCUGGAUUUGGGAAUAACUUCACCACAGUGGACAACAAGUCUACAGCCCAGAGCGUAGAAGGUAUUAUUGUGAGUGCCAUGUUCAAGUCAUUGAUCACUCGCUGUGCUUCCACUACACAUGAGCUGCACAGCCCAGAAAACCUGGGCUUGUACUGCGAUAUCCGACAGCUGGUCCAGUUUAUCAAGGAGGCUCAUGGGAAUGUCUUUCGUAGAGUGGCACUCAGUGCCCUCUUAGACAGCGCUGAAAAGUUAAUACCGGGAAAAAAAGCAGAGGAAAUGGAGCAAGAAAUGAAACCUUCUGGGAGCAAAAGAUCCGAGGUGGGAAGUGUCAUCAUUGACAAAAGCCAGGCAUCAGCUGCCCCUGAUGAAUGCCGUAGUUACAUCUCAAGUCGCCCAAUGCAAACUCCAGAGCAUGAUGAGCAAAUCCAAGGGGCCGUUCUGGGACGCAAGGACUUCUGGAGAAAGAUGUUCAAGUCACAGAGUGCAGCGAGUGAUACCAGUAGUCAGUCUGAGCAGGACACAUCCGAGUGCACCACUGCUCACUCUGGGACCACCACAGACAGGCGCUCCCGCUCCCGUUCCCGACGAAUCUCCCUUCGAAAGAAACUCAAACUCCCCAUAGGUAAAUGGAACUGGCUGAAGCGCUCCUCCCUCUCUGGCCUGGCUGAUGGGGUGGAAGAUCUCCUAGAUAUCAGCUCUGUCGAUCGUCUGUCUUUCAUCAGGCAGAGUUCCAAGGUGAAGUUUACCAGUGCAGUGAAGCUGUCAGAAGGAGCGGGGCCAGGAGGUGGCGUGGACAAUGGACGAGAUGAAGAGGAGAAUUUCUUCAAGCGUCUUGGUUGCCAUAGCUUUGAUGAUCACUUGACCUCCAACCAAGAAGGAGGAAAAUCCAAGAAUGUUGUGAACCUGGGAGCAAUCCGCCAAGGCAUGAAGCGUUUUCAGUUUCUCCUGAACUGCUGUGAACCAGGCACUAUCCCCGAUGCCUCCAUUUUGGCAGCAGCCCUAGAUCUUGAAGCUCCUGUAGUGGCAAGAGCAUCCCUGUUCCUUGAGUGUGCGCGCUUCGUUCACCGCUGCAAUCGUGGCAACUGGCCCGAGUGGAUGAAGGGCCACCACGUGAACAUUACUAAGAAAGGGCUGUCCCGUGGGCGUUCUCCUAUCGUGGGCAAUAAAAGGAACCAGAAGCUGCAGUGGAAUGCAGCUAAGCUCUUCUACCAGUGGGGAGAUGCAAUCGGUGUUCGCCUCAACGAGCUGUGCCAUGCUGAGAGUGAGAGCCCUGCCAACCUGCUGGGCCUCAUUUAUGAUGAGGAGACCAAGAGGCAUCUGAGAAAGGAGGAUGAGGAAGAAGACUUUUUAGAUGACAGCACUGUGAAUCCUACCAAAUGUUGUUGUCCUUUUGCACUGAAAAUGGCAGCCUGUCAGCUGCUUCUGCAGAUAACCAGUAAGUGGACAAUACACAUUGAAGAGGGAGCCAUGGAUCUGGAGAGCUGCAGGCUGCGUUUGGACCCUGAGAUGGACCGGCACAGGUAUGAAAGAAAAAUCAGCUUUGCUGGGGUUCUGGAUGAAAAUGAAGAUUCAAAGGAUUCCCUGCACAGCAGCAGCCACACCCUCAAAUCUGAGGCUGGUUUCGAGGAGAAAAAAGAAGGGAGCCCUUGGAGCACGAGUGAACCUAGCAUUGAGCCCGAGGUGCUGAGCAACACAGGCAUGGAGGAGAACUAUCAUCAGAACAUGUCAUGGCUGCAUGUUAUGAUCCUAUUAUGCAACCAGCAAAGUUUCAUAUGUACCCACAUUGACUACUGUCACCCACACUGCUACCUCCACCACAGCCGGUCCUGUGCCCGCCUUGUUCGGGCCAUCAAACUCCUGUACGGAGACACAGUGGACUCUCUGCGAGAAAACAGCACAUUGAACAGUGUGGCAAGAGGCAAAAAGCAAAAGGAAUGCUCAGACAAGUCAUGUUUGAGAACUCCUUCUCUAAAAAAGAGAGUGAUUGAUAUCAACUUGGAUGGGAAGAAGGACUCUGGAAUGCUGAAAUACAUCAGGCAGCAGGUAAUGAGCCUCUCCCCUGCACCUUUGUCACUGCUAAUCAAGGCAGCUCCUGUCCUCACGGAGGAGAUGUAUGGGGACAUCCAGCCAGCAGCGUGGGAGCUCCUGCUCAGUGUGGAUGAGCACAUGGCUGGAGCAGCAGCUGCCAUGUUCCUGCUGUGUGCUGUGAAAGUGCCAGAGGCCGUUUCCGACAUGCUGAUGUCCGAAUUUCAUCACCCAGAGACAGUGCAAAGACUGAAUGCCAUUCUCAAAUUUCACACGCUCUGGAGAUUUAGGUAUCAAGUCUGGCCAAGGAUGGAAGAGGGCGCACAGCAGAUCUUUAAGAUCCCUCCUCCAAGUAUAAACUUCACUCUGCCUUCUCCUGUCCUGGGGAUGCCAUCUGUUCCCAUGUUUGACCCUCCCUGGGUCCCUCAGUGCAGUGGGAGCGUGCAAGAUCCUAUAAAUGAAGAUCAGUCGAAGUCAUUUUCAGCCAGAGCUGUAUCGCGUUCCCAUCAGCGAGCAGAGCACAUCCUGAAGAACCUGCAGCAGGAGGAAGAGAAGAAGCGCCUGGGCCGGGAAGCCAGUCUCAUCACUGCCAUCCCCAUCACUCAGGAAGCCUGCUAUGAGCCAACAUGUACACCAAGCUCAGAGCAGGAAGAAGAAGUAGAAGAAGUUGCCAACCUGGCCUCCCGCCGUCUCUCUGUGAGUCCUUCCUGCACCUCCAGUACAUCUCAUAGGAACUAUUCUUUCCGCCGUGGCUCUGUCUGGUCAGUGCGGUCAGCAGUCAGUGCAGAAGAUGAAGAACAUACUACAGAGCAUACUCCAAACCAUCACAUGCCACAGCCACCUCAAGCUGUGUUUCCAGCAUGCAUCUGUGCAGCAGUGCUCCCCAUUGUCCAUUUGAUGGAAGAUGGAGAAGUCCGGGAGGAUGGAGUAGCUGUAAGCGCUGUUGCUCAGCAGGUCCUGUGGAACUGCUUAAUUGAAGACCCCUCUACAGUUCUGCGCCAUUUCCUUGAGAAGCUCACAAUCAGCAACCGACAGGAUGAACUGAUGUAUAUGUUAAGGAAGCUUUUGUUGAACAUUGGAGACUUCCCUGCCCAGACAUCUCACAUCCUCUUUAACUACUUGGUAGGACUGAUCAUGUAUUUUGUACGCACUCCAUGUGAAUGGGGCAUGGAUGCCAUUUCUGCCACGCUUACCUUCCUUUGGGAAGUGGUGGGUUAUGUAGAAGGACUCUUCUUCAAGGAUCUCAAACAGACUAUGAAGAAAGAACAAUGCGAAGUGAAGCUGCUGGUGACUGCCUCAAUGCCAGGCACAAAAACGCUUGUCGUGCAUGGACAGAAUGAGUGUGAUAUCCCAACUCAGUUACCAGUCCAUGAGGACACACAGUUUGAGGCUCUUCUGAAGGAGUGCUUGGAGUUUUUUAAUAUACCUGAAACGCAGUCUUCUCAUUACUUUUUAAUGGAUAAGCGAUGGAAUCUCAUUCAUUACAACAAGACCUAUGUCCGUGACAUUUAUCCUUUCCGGAGGUCAGUUUCUCCCCAGCUCAACCUGGUGCAAAUGCAUCCAGAAAAGGGUCAAGAGCUCAUUCAGAAGCAGGUGUUCACCCGCAAGCUAGAAGAGGUGGGGCGGGUGUUGUUCCUCAUAUCACUGACACAGAAAAUCCCUAGUGCCCACAAACAGUCCCAUGUAUCUAUGCUCCAGGAAGACCUCCUUCGCUUGCCUUCCUUUCCCCGAAGUGCCAUUGAUGCUGAGUUCUCACUCUUCAAUGAUCCUCAAGCUGGGAAAGAGCUCUUUGGUCUGGACACUCUUCAGAAAAGCUUAUGGAUUAAGCUGCUGGAGGAGAUGUUCCUUGGCAUGCCCAGCGAGUUUCCCUGGGGGGAUGAGAUCAUGCUGUUCUUGAAUGUCUUCAAUGGUGCCCUGAUCCUGCACCCUGAAGACAGUGCCUUGUUGAGGCAGUAUGCUGCCACAGUCAUCAACACAGCCGUGCACUUUAACCACCUCUUCUCCCUCAGCGGGUACCAGUGGGUCCUCCCCAGCAUGUUGCAGGUAUACGCUGACUAUGAAAGCAACCCACAGUUACGCCAAGCAAUUGAGUUUGCGUGCCGCCAGUUCUACGUUCUGCAUCGCAAGCCCUUUAUUCUGCAGCUGUUUGCAAGUGUGGCCCCUCUCUUGGAGUUCCCUGAUGCUAUAAACAACGGAACCAGCAAAGGGGUGUCAGCUCAGUGCCUGUUUGACCUGCUGCAGUCUUUAGAGGGAGAUACUCCAGACAUUUUGGACAUCUUAGAGCUCGUGAAAGCUGAAAAGCCUCUCAAGUCAUUAGACUUCUGCUAUGGGAAUGAAGACUUGACCUUUUCGAUCAGCGAAGCCAUCAAGCUGUGUGUGACAGUGGUGGCCUAUGCUCCUGAAUCAUUCAGAAGCCUCCAGAUGCUGAUGGUCUUGGAAGCACUGGUUCCCUGUUACUUGCAGAAACUGAAGCGACAAACCUCUCAAGUGGAGACUGUGACAGCAGCUCGUGAGGAGAUUGCUGCUAUGGCUGCCCUUGCCACCUCUUUACAAGCCCUCUUGUACAGUGUAGAAGUUCUCACCAGGCCCAUGACAGCCCCACAGAUGAGCCGAUGUGACCAAGGCCAUAAAGGGACCACAACAGCAAACCACACCAUGUCAGCUGGUGUGAAUACCAGGUACCCAGAACAGGGAGCCAAACUACACUUUAUCAGGGAGAACCUUCACUUACUGGAGGAGGGCCAGGGUCUUCCCCGAGAGGAACUGGAUGAACGAAUUGCCAGAGAGGAGUUCAGGAGGCCACGGGAGUCAUUGCUGAACAUCUGCACAGAGUUUUAUAAGCACUGUGGUCCAAGGCUGAAAAUUGUGCAGAAUCUGGCUGGUGAGCCCCGAGUGACUUCUCUGGAGCUGCUGGAUGUGAAGUCCCACAUGAGAUUGGCAGAAAUUGCACAUUCCCUGCUGAAACUGGCACCUUAUGACACACAGACAAUGGAAAGCCGAGGUCUCCGGCGCUACAUCAUGGAGAUGCUGCCCAUCACUGACUGGACAGCUGAGGCGGUGAGACCUGCCCUUAUACUCAUCUUAAAGAGAUUGGAUCGUAUGUUCAAUAAAAUUCACAAGAUGCCUACCCUGAGGCGCCAGGUUGAGUGGGAGCCUGCCAGCAAUUUGAUUGAAGGGGUUUGUUUGACACUUCAGAGGCAGCCAGUCAUAUCCUUCCUGCCUCACCUUAGGUCUCUGAUCAAUGUGUGUGUCAAUCUGGUGAUGGGAGUGGUAGGACCCUCCAGUGUGGCUGACGGAUUACCCCUUCUUCAUCUCAGCCCUUAUCUCUCACCACCUCUGCCCUUCAGCACAGCUGUUGUCCGGCUUGUAGCAUUGCAGAUACAGGCUUUGAAAGAAGAUUUCCCCCUAAGCCAUGUCGUCUCCCCAUUCACCAAUCAGGAAAGAAGGGAAGGAAUGCUUCUAAACCUACUGAUUCCAUUUGUGCUCACAGUAGGAUCUGGAAGCAAAGACAGCCCCUGGCUGGAGCAGCCUGAGGUCCUGCUGCUGCUCCAGACUGUUAUCAAUAUCCUCCUGCCACCUCGCAUCAUCAGCACUUCCCGCAGCAAGAAUUUUAUGCUGGAGAGCUCCCCUGCCCACUGCUCCACCCCAGGGGAUGCGGGGAAGGACCUGCGGCGGGAAGGACUCGCAGAGUCCACCAGCCAGGCUGCCUACCUGGCCCUGAAGGUGAUCCUUGUUUGCUUUGAACGCCAACUGGACAGCCAGUGGUACUGGCUGAGCCUGCAAGUCAAAGAGAUGGCACUGCGGAAGGUGGGAGGGCUGGCCCUGUGGGAUUUCUUCGACUUUAUCGUACGAACACGGAUCCCUAUCUUUGUGCUCCUUCGGCCCUUCAUCCAGUGCAAGCUGCUGGCCCAGGCGGCUGAGAACCAUGAGGAGCUGACUGCCCGACAGCACAUUGCUGACCAGCUGGAGAGACGGUUCAUACCGCGCCCGCUCUGCAAGAGCUCCCUCAUCGCUGAGUUCAAUAACGAGCUGAAGAUCCUGAAGGAGGCAGUGCACAGCGGGUCUGCUUACCAAGGGAAGACAUCUGUCAGCACCGUGGGCACCUCCACCUCUGCUUACCGCCUGAGCCUGGCCACCAUGUCCCGCUCCAACACCGGCACUGGCACGGUCUGGGAGCAGGACAGUGAGCCUUCCCAGCAGGCCUCGCAGGACACACUGAGCCGCACAGAUGAGGAGGAUGAAGAAAAUGACUCCUUGAGCAUGCCCAGUGUGGUAAGUGAACAAGAAGCAUACCUUACGGGUGCCAUCGGGAGGAGGCGGUUCUCCAGCCAUCUCUCCAGCAUGUCUGCACCUCAGGCUGAGGUGGGCAUGCUACCCAGCCAAAGUGAACCUAAUGUCCUCGAUGACUCCCCGAGCCUGACCACUGAGGGCAGCCUCUCUAGGGUGGCAAGUGUGCAGAGUGAACCAGGACAGCAGAACCUUCUUCUGCAGCUGCCCCUGGGGCGGAAGAGAGGCCUACGGCAGCUUCGACGACCACUGCUGUCACGUCAGAAAACUCAAACCGAACUUCGUAGCCGUCAUGGAGCUCGACUUUCAACGACGAGGCGGAGCAUCCAGCCAAAACCAAAACCUACCGCGGAGCAGAAGCGGUCGGUGACUUUCACUGAAGCCCAGCCUGAGGCAACAACUGCCUCCCCAGGGACCCCAUGGGCUCCAGCAGCCCAGGAGCAGGGCUGCAGCCACAGCAGUCCCCAGGUGACCAGCAAGCAGGAACCACUAAGUAAACCUGUGCUGACUUCGUCACCUGCCAUAGUCAUAGCUGAUCUCCAUACCCAGACCACCGGCCAGAGUGAGGCACUUUCUGCUGAGAAGGAGCAGGAAAAAGAGGAGGGCUUGGAGACCCAGCCAGCAACAGCACAAAGCACCCCACCCACACAGCUCUCUGACACUGAGGACUACGCUGGCCUCGAGACCACCAGCUUGCUGCAGCAUGGGGACACUGUCCUUCACAUCAGUGAGGACAACGGGAUGGAGAACCCCUUGCUGGCCACUCACUUCAGCUUUACGCAUGUGGAGCUUGGGGAGACUGAUGUCGAUCUAGAUGAGUCUCAUGUUUAA